AUGCCAAUGGCCUCGCCCUUCGAGCCGACGGCGGAGAACAUCGCCGAUGUCGCGAUGAGCGACCGUCCUCAUGAGCCCAACUUCGAUGCCGAUUCAAUCAUCAAAUUCACAAAUACAGAUGUUCGCGACGCCAUAGAGAAACUCGGAGGCGACAUCGACUUUCCUACGCGCGCAGCUCUCUUCGAGCGUAUCAAUCGCUGGGUGACCUCGGACGGCCAAACACUGUUCGAAUAUCAAGCGGAUGCGCUGCUUUCGAAUGAUACUUCUCUUCCCGCCACCAUCUCCCCAAGUGAGCUUUGGCAUCAGCGCAGCGACGAAGAGAAAGCCUACUGGGCUGCUUAUUCAGGUGAGCGAACCUUUCCCAAAUAUCUCCAUCAUCUUGCGGUCGACCACGCCACCGGCUCUUUGCUUGAAGGCUUGCUGACACAUUCAACUGCAGAGAAACUCAAGAUCGGCCUCGAGAGACGCUUAGCCAGUUCUCUAUCGCACUUUAAGCUUGGCACAUUCUCGAAGCAGACGACCAUGUAUGCCAACCGGAUCAAGGCCGCGAUCAUGACGAACGCUAAGGUUUCUUCAGUCGUGUCCGAGGAUGACCUGUAUCAAGCUCCCGACGCACUGGAUCUGAAUAAAUUGUCAAGCAAGGCUCCCCAGAUCGACAUCUAUGCCAAAGUGCUGGUACAAGCGUUGGAGGCGCGGUCCAAGAUGAUCCUUACGGAGACAAUUUUGGGAGCACCGAUCCCGCAAGACUAUGCGAGCUCCAUUCCGCUCAUUUUGCAAGGCAUUCAGAAUCUACUUGAUAAGCAUGAGGGCAUGUGCAUCAGAGGCAGGGUCGACAGCGUGAGGAUUGACUACAAUACGACUGGGAGCGAGAUACCCUACAUAGCUGCGCGACAGCAUACGGCACGUACCCGUGGAGGUUUUGUACCCAAUACGAAGUACGACGAUACAAAGGAGUGGGAAGCUUGUGAGUGGCUUCUGCGUCCUCUGUUCUAUUGGAACCGGAAGAUUCUCUAUCGCGACGUGCCGGGUCUCAAGGCGAAGGGCAUGCCAAACGGCGACUUGAUCCCGAAACGCGAGAUAUGGACAUAUGCCGCGGGAGAAGAGCACUUGCGUUUGGGCUGGCUGCCCGAGCGUGACUCGCUGCAUCAGGUCUUUGAGGGAGACUGGAGCUUGGUUACAGAGGAGAAGGUCGCGUACCUUAUGACCAAGCUUCGUACUCACCUUGACGGCCCCGAGAUUAACAUGGAGAAGCUACCAGCCCGCGCGAAGGAUGCUAUUUGGGAAGUCCAUCACUACUUUGUGGAUCCCUGGGAGGAGAAGGCCGUCUGGGGACUGGCGAGGAGGUUGCGGAGCUGCUUCAAUCGCAAGGGUCUCAGUGCUGAAGAGUACGUUGACAUGAUUGAGCAGCAGUUCUUUCGGUAUGUCAGAAUGAGCCUCCGAUUAAUUUCAACUCUCCGCUGA